UCGGCCCUCCAGCUAUCUGGCUCGCCCAGGAUGGCUUUUAGUGGCCUUCACUCCAGGGAAGUGGAAGGAUUUCCGCUUCCUGCAUCAUGGCUGACUGUUGUCCAGGAGAUGUUUCCGCUGCUACCGGCGGGAAGAGAGUACAGUUUGGCAAUCGGUUCUUGAACGAUCCGGCCCGUGUUUUUCACCAUAAUGCCUGGGACAACGUGGAGUGGUCCGAAGAGCAGGAGGCGGCGGCUGAGAGGAGAGUCCGGGAGAACAGCACCCAGCGGGUGCCUCCUGAAAAGCAAGUUGAGUAUGAAGUCAAUGCACAUGAAUACUGGAAUAACUUCUACAAAAUCCAUGAAAAUGGGUUUUUCAAAGAUAGACACUGGCUUUUUACUGAAUUUCCUGAAUUGACCCCUCACCAGAACCAAAGUAACAUGAAGAACCAUGAAAUAACUGAACACAGAGGUUGUGGAGAUGGACUUGGAGAAAUAGGAUCUAAUACUCAAGAGAAGCACAAGGCCUCUUCACACAGCCUGGAUCAGAAGGAUCAGAAGCACCCCACAGAGGAGGCAACUCAAAAACUCUGUCAUCUGGAUAUAAAUACUGACAGCUUUCCAGGUGCCUCUGCCACCUACCGAAUACUAGAGGUUGGCUGUGGUGUGGGAAACACAGUCUUUCCAAUUUUACAUACUAACAAUGACCCAGGACUCUUUGUAUAUUGUUGUGACUUUUCUACCACAGCUGUAGAUCUUGUCCAGACAAAUUCAGACUAUGAUCCUUCUCGAUGUUUUGCCUUCGUUCAUGAUCUGUGUGAUGAGGAUAAGAGUUACCCGAUGCCCAGAGAGAGUCUUGAUAUCAUUAUUCUCAUCUUUGUCCUUUCAUCAAUUGUCCCAGACAAGAUGCAGAAUGCCAUCAACCGACUGAGCUAUCUCUUGAAACCAGGAGGGAUGAUUCUCUUGCGAGAUUAUGGCCGUUAUGACAUGGCUCAACUCCGAUUCAAAACAGGUCGAUGUUUGUCUGAAAAUUUUUAUGUGAGAGGCGAUGGUACCAGAGUUUACUUCUUCACACAAGAUGAACUAGAUACGCUGUUCACUACUGCUGGAUUGGAAAAAGUUCAGAACAUGGUAGAUCACCGACUGCAAGUAAACCGAGGGAAACAGCUGACAAUGUAUCGAGUUUGGAUCCAGUGCAAAUACCGCAAACCCUUUUCCCCAAACACAAGCUGAGAGGAAACAACUCUCUUGUUAGACACUGGAAUGAGUGUUGCACUAAAAAGUGUUAUGUUUCUGUGCCUUUUUAUAAGAAUAGAGGAUUUAUAUGA